UUUUCAAUCACAGUUUACAGUUUGAGAAGUUUGUUUAAAUAAUAUUUAAUCUACCUCGUGCUGUUACACAGGACUCCAAGGAGACAAGAUCAUGGAGGAGUCUCUAUUCAUCUGUUUCCCCCUUCCUGACAAAACUGGGAUUACAACUUUCUUCCAGCACUUUGAAAUCUAACAGGUUAACAGGUCUCUGCGAAAAUCUCCUCACUGGUGUCGCUCUACUAGUCGGCAACUGUGUGCCUUCACCUUAAAGGAUCAUUUGCUGGGAAGCUGAAAAGACACUGUCUCACAGCCAUGAGGUACAUUGUGAUGCUCUUUUUCAAGAGUGGUUGGGACGGGACUUCAAGGAAAGGAUUGGAAUAUUCACUUGUCUUCUGCUAUGUAUUGUACUAUUCAGUUCUUUCUAUUUCGGUUAAGAAGCAUUGCCUUGUUGAAGAAUCUGCCAGUGAUUCAUGAAGAACCAUCAAAACCAACCAUUAAUUUGGAUCACACUCUUGACUUUACGAUCAGAAAUGAUGUUCAGACACGCACUUACUGGGGUGCUCCUAUUAUCUGGGAGUUAAUGUUUGACCCAAAACUUUAUGACAAAAAGCACCAAGAAGGAAAUACAAGCGUGGCUCUCACUGUGUUUGCUGUGGGAAGGUACCUGGAUGCCUACCUCAACACUUUCCUAACAUCAGCAGAAAAGCAUUUUAUGAUUGGAUUACCGGUGACAUAUUACGUGUUUACAGAAUCACCAGAGAAGGUGCCAAAUAUUGAACUUGCUCCUCAGCGAGACCUGAAAGUUGUCAAGGUGCAAAAGUAUAGCAGAUGGCAGGAUAUCUCCAUGAUGCGAAUGAAGACCAUAUCAGAAACGAUAGAAAUGGAACUCGAAGGAAAGUUCAGUUAUGUCUUCUGUUUUGAUGUUGAUCAGGAAUUUAAGAAUAGAUUUGGCUCAGAGGCCCUCGGGGAGUCCGUGGCUUUGCUCCAUGCCGACUUUUACAACGUUCCAAAGGACAGGUUCACCUAUGACAAAAAUCCCAAAUCCAAAGCUUACAUGGAGGAUGGAGAUCACUACUACCAUGCUGCUCUCUUUGGAGGAUCAUUGCAAAAUGUGAAAGCAUUGGCAGACUUUUGUCAUGUGAACAUCAUGGAAGAUAAACUGAAUGACGUGGAGGCUCUGUGGCAUGAUGAGAGUCAUCUAAACAAGUUUUUCUGGCUUAAUAAACCAACCCAGCUCCUCUCCCCUGAGUACUGCUGGGACAACAAUGUUCCUGACAAGAAACAUAUUCUGGUUGUUCGCCUGACUUGGGCACCAAAGCAAUAUGACAAGCUUCGUACACGGUAGUGUGGCCAAAAUCAAAGAGAUUGGGAUGAAUUCACAAACAAGUGUGAAUCUGUUUACUGUCUUGACAGAAGGGCCAAAUUAAGAAUUUGUGCUUAAGUCUAUAUUAUCUUAACAAAUUUUUCUUUACAUGUUUUAAAACAGCAUUAAAAGGAAAAUCAAGCAUUUCCAAUUAGAGCCUGACAGCUUGUCCAAUAAUGAAGAUUAACUGUCUGUAGAACACUCGGACACCCAAUUAGCUGGUUUAAACCAGGGUUACUCAGUCCCAUCCUACAAGACCUGCAAUCCAGCAGGUUUUCCAUGUAUCCUUGCUUCAAUACACCUGACUUAAAUUAAUGAUUCAGGUGGGUUUAAGCAGAAAUACUUUGAAAACCUGCUCGAUUGCGGCUCUUGUGGGACCGGAUUGAGUAACCCUGGUUUAAACAGUCAACCACUUCCACUUAUAGUAUAUCAAAGUAGUCCAUGCAUGAAAAUAUAGAAAGAAAUCAAGUUAGAACUGCAUCAGCUUUUAAAUUUGUGGCAAUAAGCAAUGCUAAUACUAACUACAAGAUGCUGUUUCAGUGAAACAGCUGUGUGAAUGGUGGAUACUGAAUGAAUGGAUUAGUUUGUUUGAGCAAAAAUAUGAAAAUAUUAAUGUAGGAAAUAUCCAAAGACCUGGGGCCUAAUUUAUCAAACUACAAAGCAAACUACAGGUGGCGUCUGUGGCCCAAAAAGGAAAUGCUGUGCACUUCAACUAUCAGAUUUAUAAAACUGUGCGGAUACACGUCCUACGCCUCUUCCCGUUUAUAAAUCAGAAUAAACUGUAAAACGGGUGCACGUGAGGGAACGCCAGACUGUCCACCUUAUUUAGCUGGAUGUAUUUUAGAACAUGCAAGUUUUGUUUCACAAUGACAACAUAUUUUAGUGAUUGAGGUUUUUAUUAAUAUCAUCUACCUUUAUCUUGAGACCCCCCCCCCCCCACACACACACACACCCUUAAGAGAAUUAAUAUCGAAUGUGCCUCUUUAUUCAUUUCUGCAAACAGCUUUAAUCUAUAACAUUUGGUGUGAAAGGUAAUAGUGGAUGUGCACAAAUGUCUCACAUUUUACAGCAUUUUCUGUACCAUUGGUGUUGCCGUGUCCUGUUUUUCUAGAUUAUGUGCGUACGCCUGGGUCAGAGUUUGUUUGGAGGUAGGAACGUUUUCCCGUCAAGUUUGGUUUUCAUAAAUCCUAAAAGUUGACUAUAUUUGGCAUACACCGGUUUUCGUUACUAUGCUAGCUUGAUAAAUGAGGCCCCUGGUGCUGUAUCCUUAUAGAAGUAGUUUGAAUUGAGAUACAGCAGUCAAAAUGUUGGUCUUUAAAGAAUGAUUGCAAAAGAAUGAAGGCUAUGGUAGUGAUUGCAGAAGUACACAAGUUCAUACCAAACAGAGUUGCCAUCAAGCAAAGUUGGCAGCUAUAGGACAGUCCAAUAUAAAAUAGAAUUUAGGAACCUUUCGAGGUUAGACGGGGAAUGCAUGCUGUCAGCAGUUUUUCUCAUUUUUUUCUUUCUCCACAGAGAGAACCUGUCUGAAAGGUGUUGUUGAAAGCAGUUGCUUAAUCAGAACACAUGCAUGUAGACAGAGUACCAUGAAAGAAACUGUAUGGUGUACCAUUUUUUCUGUGUGAAGUAAUACCUGUAAAGCCAAUAAGGAUUUUUGGAAAAAUGUAUGGCUGUGUCCGAAUGUGCUCCCUACUCCCUACAUAGGGGCCACGCCAUUUUGUCGAAGUGUCUGGAUGUCCAGAGAGAAAAAAGUAGGGCACUCAAAAUUACCCACAAUGCAUCUUGAAAAGUAGUGAGCAUUGAUGGUCACUAGACGGGUCAAUAUAUACCACAAUGCAAUGCGGGCAGA